GAUUGUCCGUUGUUGUGGUCGUGACGUCACGCGGAGAAGGCCACUCAGUGUGUCUCCCAGUCCUCCUUUACACCUUGGCGUGCCCGUGUUUGGUCCCCAGGCAGGACGAGGCAGGCAGCAGCAGGUCAUGAGAGGCUCGUGAGAACGCUGAGGUCGCCAGGAGCGGUGUGAUGAGCCAGCAUGGAGAAGUUUGCUGUUGACCUCGACAAAGUGUUGGACGAUUUUGAAUUGGAUGAAGAUGAAAGUGAGUCUGUAGGUCACUAUGAGAAAUUGCAGCUACAGUUCUGCCCUGAGGGUGGACCAGCCCCGAGUCCUGCCCCGGCUCCUGCCCCCAUCCCCACCCCUGCCCCCGCCCCUGCACUGCCUUCACAUGGGGCAGGGCUGGGAGCCUUUGGUGGGUGGAGUGAGCCCCUGCAGCCCCAGGUGGUUGCCCCAGCAGGUGAUGGGGUGAGGGGGUGGUGUGGCAUGAGUCAGCAGCCCCUCCCACAGCCGCCCCGUGCCCGCAGCCCCCCCGAUGGGCAAAAUGAUGACACACAGGCCCCUGCUGCCUGCUCCCAGCACCCCCCAUCCAUAGUGAAGGAAGAUGUGGUGGACGCCAAUGCACACCCAUCCAACCCCCCUGGCUCCUCUGCCCUGUGGCCUGCCCUUGCUAGCCAGCCCAGCCUCAGAGGGAGCUACGUACCUCCUGGAGAUGCCAGACUUGUCUCCCCACCUGAGCCUCCCCUGGCAGCACUGGGGGAGGCUGGAGGGUGUGGGGGCCUGGACGUGGUGCCUGCCAGCGUGCCUCCUGACCGGGGCCUGGCGGGUGGACACGAGGGAAGACAUCCAGAUAUCAUAGACGUGUGGCAGAGCAGUGGAGAUGGCCUGCCCCCAGCUGUCCAGCCCUCCCCCAGUCCCCCUGGCCCUCCUCCAUCCAGCGGGUUGGCUGAGGGCGGCAGGGUGGGCCAGGAGGUACCCCGCCUGCCUGAUCUCAUGGGGGGCAGUAGCCUGGAGCCGGCCAUCGUAGUGGAGAACACCCUUGCCCAGCCACAUCCGCACUCCCGCCCUCAAGACCCGGCCAUUGUAGUGGAGAGUCGGCCCGCCCACCGCCUGCCGGAGGUGGCCAACGUGCACCAGACGGCAGAGAGCCAUGGCCUCGGCCCACCCACCCCCGAGGCCAGUCAGGGUGUGGCACAGGACGAGGCAGACGCAGGUGUGUCAGCCCCACCACCCCAGGAACACCAACCCUCCAGCUGUGAUACCCCUCCCAACCAAGACCCAGCACCCCUCACACAACAGGCCUCCACCACACCACCACCACCACCACAUGAAGCCUCAGGACAUUCUGCCACACCCCCACAGUCCCCUGCACCGGUCCCACAGGCUGCUGCACCACACCUCACACCUCCGGCCUCCCCCACGCCACCUACCCAGCCACUCAGCUUCAGCAAGAACAUGGACAUUGGUGACGCUGAUCUUGAUGCUGAGCUGGCAGAGCUGGAGGAGGAGCAGGUCAGACUGCAGGGUGCAUAUGGCGGUGUGGGUGGCCCCUCCCCACCACACGGCCUUUUGCAGCACCACCCGAGCCCCAAGGCCAGCCCAGACCUCAUAGGAGGCGCCAGCACGUCCCAUGAACACAGAGAGGAGGACAUGAGGAAUGGAGAGACAGUCCCUAUAGCUGGCAGCCCCUCGGAUGUUGCCAAGAGCCCUCCAGAUAGCCCCUGCAACCCCACAGACAGCCUCCACAGCCCUCCAGACAGCUCCUCAGACAGCCCCUCCAGCCCUCCAGACCCAAGUCGCAGCCCCACGGACACCCCUGCCGUGCCAGGCCUUCCAGGACACCAUGACCAGGACUCCCUAUUCCUGCAGCAUCCGGGCAUUGCGGGGCUUGAAGAGGUGGUGUGCCAGCCCCACCACACCCCUGGGGAGGACACAGUUGGGGAGAGAGCUGCGGGGAGUGGAGUGGAUGGUACGGGUGACAAUGUCUCAACGGGCAGUCUCAACACAGACACCCUCUCCUCCAGUAGCACCCUCACAGACCCUGGCUCCCCUGACAGGCAGCCCCAGCAGCCUCCACCACAUCACCCGGUACCACAGUCACCCACCAGAGUUACGCCAGGAACGCUCGUCACAGCAGUGUACGAUGACGACAGCGGGUCAGGACGGGAGGACGACCCUUCUGCCCAGCUGCCAGAGACCCCACCUCCACCUCCUCCACCAGGCAGCAGGUCGGCAGCCAGCUUGGUGGGUCACGUGGCGCCCUUCUGGAUCCCGGACGAGGACGCGCCCAACUGCCAGGAGUGCGGCCAGAAGUUCACGGUGAUACGGCGGCGCCACCACUGCCGGGCAUGUGGUCGUGUGUUGUGUGCGCCAUGCUGCCACCACCGUGCCGCCCUGCCGUACAUGGACCACAAGGAGGCAAGAGUCUGCACCUCCUGCCUACAGAUCCUGCAGUCUAGCCAGGAUGAGGGUGCGGAGGGCAGUGAGGGGCGGUGGGGUAGCAGAGGGGAGGGCUCCAGUGGUCCCCGCCGUGUGCCUGACCCCAAUAACCCCAUGGACUACUGCUCUCGGGUGCCGCCCCAGCAGGCAGCCGCAGCCCCACCCGUGCCCCCGCCCACUGUCAUGGUGCCAGUUGGGGUGCUGAAACGUGAGGGCAGCAGCAGCAGCAGUAGUGGUGGUGGCGGCGGCAGCGGUGGGGGUAACACACGCACCAGAGGCAGCAAACAGGUCAUGUUCAGCGAUGGGAUCAGACCUGGGGGUGACCUGAGUGAGCCCGCCCUCUCCCCCCCAGCCCCCUACUGUAGGACAGGGCGGUCAGCCAGGAGGGUGGAGCGACCCGCCUGCGGUGGUGGUGGUGGUGGUGGUGGUGGUGGAGGAGGUGGAGGAGGAGGGGGGAAUGGUGGUGGUGGUGGUGGUAGUUCAGGAGGAGGAGGAGGAGGAGGAGGAGGGGGGGCUUGGAGGGGGAGGGGGGGGCCCUUCUCCGAUCCCUCCCCCCCUGACCACUGCCUCAUCCCCCCUGGGACCGGCCUACCCCCAAUAGUGAUCCAGACAUCAGGAGAGUACGUGUUUGAGGACAACCCAGACAGCAGCAAGUUGGAGGAGCAGAUGAGAGGUGAUGGUCCGCCUGUCAUCUUUGCCAUUCACAAGAACCUGACUGUCCUGGUGAAGCUGGUGAAAUUGGAGUGCUGCGUCGGGGUGGAAGUGUGGAACCUUGCCACACGGGGCCUGUGCACGGUGGGGCAGGAGGAGCUGGUGGUGCUGCUGGAGGUGGCGCCGGGGGAGACACACCCACCCAGGGACCUGUUUGCCUUCUUCCACACUGUCUAUCAGCAAGCCAACCAGGGUAACUUAGUGACGGAGUUGGGCCACACCAUCUUCACUGAGUCAGAGGGACUGCUGGGGUCACGGGAGCACGGCGGCUUCCUGUACGUGCGGCCCACCUUCCAGUGCCUCCGUAACCUGGUGCUGCCGCCCUCGCCCUACAUCUUUGCUGUGCUCAUCCAGAAGUGGGAGACGCCCUGGGCAAAGGUGUUUCCCCUCCGGCUCAUGCUACGUAUGGGGGCAGAGUUCCGCUACUACCCAUGUCCCCUGGUGUCCACUCGGAACCGCAAGCCUGUCUUCUGUGAGAUUGGCCACACCAUCAUGAACCUACUGGUGGAUUUCCGCAACUAUGCCUACACCGUCCCAGCCAUUGAAGGCUUUGUUAUCCACAUGGAGGACAAGAAGACCAGCCUCCUCUUCCCCAAGAACAGAUAUGAACAGGUUACCAAGGCCUUGAGCAACAGCAACGACCACGUGCUGGCCCUGGGUGCCAACUUCAGCCCCCAGGCCGACUCCCAUCUGGUGACCAUUGAGAACGACGAUGGCCACUACUCCACCCAAGCCAUCAACAUCCACAGCCGUCCACGCAAAGUGACGGGAGCAAGUUUCAUCGUAUUCAACGGUGCGCUGAAGACCACCUCAGGCCUGUCUGCCAAGUCCUCAAUUGUGGAAGAUGGCCUUAUGGUGCAGAUCCCUGCAGACAUGAUGGCCAAGCUGAGGGAUGCGCUCCAGAACAUGAGGGACUUUGACAUCCCCUGCGGCCCCACCUCUGCCCCUCAACCUGACGAGAUGGUGGUUAUAAGGUGGACCAGCGAUGAUAAGAACUUCAAUGUGGGCAUCAAGAGCCCAGUGGAUGAGAAACAGAUGGAUGGGGUUCCCUCCGUCAAGAUCCACUCUGGCACAGACUACAUCAGCAAUUCUCAUCUCAUUCGUUGGACAGAGGUGUUCAUCCUGCAGGGGGAAACCAACAAUACUGCUGACAUCAACCUGAGUCGUCUGUCUGAGUUACUGGCACGGUCAUUCUGUGUGGCGCUCACCCCACACUUAUCUGAGUUGUACACCACUGGCCACACCCGCCUGGGCCUGCGCACCACCCUACACCAAGAUAACGUUGGAUAUGAGGCUGGCAGUGGAGGGGCGAGGCUGGCACCGGCCUGCAUGAAUGAUCUGGACAAUGAGCUGGUGCCAGUGAUCCACCGUGCAGCCUCCAACAUCACCCAGCAGCCCAUCAUCUUGGAGCUGGUGUUUCACAUCAUGGAGCAAUGAGCAGCCCAGUGUGUGUGGUGCGCUGUGGGCUAGUGGUGGACUCUUCAGUGAUCUGUUAUCAUUACUCAAACCCUCAUAGUUGUAAGAUGCCUCGUUAUCAUAGUAAUGGUCUCCUUCGCCACACUUUUUUCAGACUCAUAGCAUUCAAUUCAAGACAGUUUUGAUAAUUUAUGCCUUUUUAAGAGUUCAUCAUCAGAACUUUAGAAGUAAGGCAGAUCAUCUUGCAGUACUCUUUUGUAACAAACUGUGUAUGCAGUUUAACUCUGCAGAAGGAAUACUUACAUCACACAGUGUGGAAUGUUCAUUAAUAUCAAAAUGAUUUCCACUGUUUCAUAAAAGUUUGACGACGUCAGAGUGAACAAUUUUAUUCCUUAUUACGUAAGUGUUUCGUUUAAGUUCAAUUACCAGGUGAUGAUUUGCAAGUUUGUGUACUGUUUCAUCAGCCUCAGACAUGCUUGUGUUGUUGCAUGAACCUGCCUGGCGCUGACGCCUGCCAUGCAGCAGCAGUGUGGCAAUUUGGUGGCUUGCAAGUAGAACAUCACAGUCUGUUCCAUUUUUCAGGCUUACACCAUCAACAGUGUUGUGAGGGAGGAGGGGGGAGGGAUGGGGAGGAAGGGGGGAGAGGACAGGUGGGAAAUGACAUAGGUAGAGCUAAGGCAUCAUGUAGUCAGUACUCUAAGGGGAUCUGGGGAAACAGUCAUGUAAAUCUUCAAGCCUUAAAAAAGAGAUAAUAUAUAAGAGCUGAGGCCAGAGCUUUGUUUGACGAAGUAUUUUUACCACCCCAGUGUGGCGUCAGCCUGGCCUCUGGGGGCGUUGUAGCUUUGGGUUGUAUGAAGGGAGGGGACGGGAGGGGAGGGAAGAUGUGUGGUGGGGAGUGUAUUAUGAUUCCUGAAUGAAAAUCCCUUAUUAUUUAAUGUUAUAUACUAAUUACCAUAUUUACUGUAUAUAUGUUUUUUGAGGGAUUAUAUGUGUGCAUACUUAAAAAGUUAGAGAUUGUCAAAAUGCAUUCAAAACCGAAAGUAAUGUAAAAGUCUUCAUCCCUUAACUCUACACAAGAGAAAUUUUCACCAGAUAAAAUGACCUCAAUGUUUCUGUACCAGAAAAAUUUUAGAUCCUUGCUUGCAAGGUUAUCCAUUAAAAUUCAGUUAAUUUCCCCCUGCAAUCUUUUGCAAACUCUUAAGCACCUUAAAGCCUGUCUUCUGAUGGGAACAUUUUAGAUUAGAUUAGAUGAUACUGUCUUUUAUUACACCAGUCUGAAACUUUUCAGAUAUUUCAGUGUCUUUUUGAAAAUGGCAGCAUAGAUAGCAUGGUUCAGAACCUUUUAGUUGCUUCCUUACCCAAAACUUUCUAAAAGUUAAUCAGCACCACACAAGAGCUGGCACUGUAAAGAUCACAGUUCUUUGGUCUAGAGAUGGUGACCAUAAUGUUAUGAUUCACUAAAAUGAAUUCUCAAAAAAAUGUCUUGGCUGUGAUUCAUUAAAACUUGCUUUGUGUUACUGAAUAUUUCUCUGAGAUAGUAGAGAUAACAGGCUCAGGCUAUCAUCAUACCUUGCCUGCAAGAAUGUGUAUGUGUGAGAGAGAGAGAGAGAGAGAGAGAGAGAGAGAGAGAGAGAGAGAGAGACUGGUAGAGUAGAUCAAAAUAUAGUUAUGUAUAUUACAAUAUGUUAACAGACUCCAGCUCCUUGGUUACAUAUACCUGUGCUCAGCAUGAGUGACACCAUUGUUGAUUUGCACACCACUGAAGAUGACUUUGGUAUCCAGUGUUUGAUGGUUUCCUGUCCCCUGCCACACUCCCUGCCAGUUGAGUGCCCUGGGCAGCAGUUCCUUGGUUGUACACUAGUGACCCUCAAGGUGAAGUGUAUCGGUUGUUAUCAGAGGACAGGACGCUGUACAGUUGUUCUCGACUCCACAGUGAUUUGAUAUUUUGUCAUUGGUUCUAAAGAAUAUAUUUAUGUAUGUAAUUUAAUAGAGAAAUUUAAAUGAGUGUGUGUUUGUAAACAGAUUUGGGUGAAAAUUAGUGUCAAUAUUUUUUUAGUAAAUAUGAACUUGAUUAACUUUUCUUGAGAAUGGUUAUUAAAGUUUUAAUAUUAAUUAAAAGCACUGAAAAUAUGCUAAUUAGUGUGUAAAUGUUUACAAAUCAUCUAAUCAAGUAUUCUAAUUUCUUGUAGAUAUUAUAUACAUAGAUUUGUGAUUAUAAAAAAAUAUGUAUGCAGUACAUGGUGUACA